AUGGCCCCUCCUCAUAAAAGCCAUAAUUUUCGUCCUGAAAAUGUAUUAAAGCGUGCGGAAGAUUUAAUCGCUGUUGGUCAAAAAGAAGCUGCUUUAGAUACUUUAUAUGAAUUAAUUACGAGUAAAAGAAUUCGUUAUUUAUUAGUUGAAGAUUUACAACCAAUUGCUAAUUUAUUAAUUGAAUUAGCUGUUGAUUUAAGAAAAGGUAAAUUAGCUAAAGAUGCUUUACAUCAAUAUAAAAAAAAUAUUCAAUUAUCAGAACAUGGUUUAGAAUCUGUACAAAUUAUUGUUCGUAAGUUUAUUGAUUUAGCUGAAAAAAAAUUAGAUGAAGCUCAAGUGAAAGCAGAUAUUAGAAUUGAUCAAGAAGAACAUAUGGCGGAUGAUGAUUUAGAAACUAAUCAAACUCCAGAAACUAUUUUAUUAAGUGCUGUUUCAAAUACUGAUACUGCAGAUCGAACAGAAAGAGAAUUAGUUACUCCAUGGUUAAGAUUUUUAUGGGAAGCUUUUAGAGCUGUUUUAGAUAUUUUAAGAAAUAAUUCUAAAUUGGAAAUUACAUAUUCUGCUAUAGUUUCACAAGCUUUUAAAUUUUGUUUAAAUUUUAAUAGAAAAGCUGAAUUUAGAAGAUUAUGUGAAUUAUUAAGAUCUCAUAUGCAGUCAGUUACAACUCAAACUAAGACUGCUACUAAUAAUGCUAUUGAUUUAUCAGAUAUGGAAACUGUUCAAAGAUAUUUAGAUCAAAGAUUUUCUCAAUUAAAUAUUGCUGUUAAAUUAGAAUUAUGGCAAGAAUCUUUUAGAUCAGUUGAUGAUGUUCAUACAUUAAUUACUGCAUCAAAAAAGACACCAAAACCAAUUAUGAUGACAAAUUAUUAUGAAAAUUUAGCUAGAAUUUUUGCUGUUUCUGAUAAUACAUUAUUCCAUGCUGCUGCCUGGAAUAAAUUUUUUAAUCUUUAUUCUCAAUCACCAAUGGCAACUGAUGAACAAUUAAAACAUUAUGCUUCAGUUUUAGUUUUAUCGACUUUGGCAAUUCCACAAAAAGUUGAAAAUAUAGACAGUCAGAAGAAUAAUAAAUUAUCAAGUUUAUUAAAUUUAAAUCAUGUUCCAACAAAAGAAGGUUUAAUUAAAUCAAUUACAACAAAACAAAUUUUAAAAUAUGUUGAUGAACCAAUUUGUAAAUUAUUUGAAAUUUUAGAAGGUAAUAAUGAUUUUCAUCCAUUAACUUUAAAAAAACAAAUUACUGAAAUUUUUAAAUAUAUUCAAACUAAUAAAGAAUUUAACAAAUAUAUUGUUACAUUAACAAAUGUUAUUUUAAUUAGAAUUUUCCAACAAGUAAGUCAAAUUUAUCAAACGGUUAAAUUAGAAUUUUUAAUUUCAUUAGGUAUAUUUGAAGGUUUAGAUCAUACUUUGAGUGAAUUAGAAGUUGAAGAUUUAAUUGUAAAUUCAAUUAAAGAUGGUUUAAUUUCAUUAACUAUUGAUCAUGAAGCAGGUGUUGUUUUAUUUAAAUCAAAUUCAAUUGAAGAUUGUUUUAAUGAUGAAUUUAUUAAUCAAGAACAACAAUUACAAAAUUCACCAGCUACUUUACUCCGUAUAGAACUUGGUAAAUUAGCUGAUUCAUUAGAAAAAGGAAUUGUUACUUUUGAAACUAAACCAAAAAGUAUCAUUUCAUCAGAUGAUCUUGUAAGUUCAAUGGUUGAAGAACAAAAAUUAAUUUCAAAAAGAAUUAAAAUUUUAGAAGAAAGACAAAAAGAAAAUGAAAAAAUUAAAAGAGGACAAGAAGAAUUACAAUUUAAAUUAAAACAAGAGAAAUUAUUAGCUGAUCAAAAGGCAGAACAAGAAAGAUUAAUUCAAGAACAAGAGCGUAAAAAAAUGGAAAAAUUACAAAGAGAAAGAGAAGCAAUUCAAGAGCAAGAAAAGAGAAAAAUUGCUGAAGAAAUUAAUGCAAAAGGUAUUAUCAAAGUUGAUUUAACUAAUUUAAAAGAUUUAAAUGUUAAUAAUUUACAACAAUUACAAAUACAACAACUUAAUAAAGAUAAAAAAGAAUUGGAUGAAAAAUUGAAAAUUACAGCUAAGAAAGCAGAUUAUUUAGAAAGAGCUUUUAGAAGAUAUGAAUUACAAUUAUUAGAAAAAGAAAUUAAAAAUGAAAUGAAAAAACAAGAAGAAAAUUAUUACAAUCAUCAAAAACAAAGAGUUGAAAAAUUAAAAGAUGAAUUUAAUAAACAAUUAGAAUUAAAGAAAAGAUUAGCAAGAAUUAUUCCAGAUUAUCAAGUUUUUAAAAAAAAUAUUGAUGCAAAGAAUGCUGUUAAAAUUGAAAAAAUGAAAGCUCAAGCUCAAAAAGAUUUAGAAGAAGAAAAGAAAGCUAGAAUUGAAAAAGUUAAACAUCAAAGAAUUGAAGAAUUAAAAAUUAGAAAAGAAAGAGAAAGAAAAGCACAAGCUGAAGAAGCUGCAAGACAAGCUAAACAAGCUGAAAUGUCCAAAUUAAAAGAACAAUUAAGAUUACAAAAGGAAAAAGAUGAAGAAAUGGCAAGAAAAAGAGCUGAAAUUGAAGCUGAAGCUCAAGCUCAAGCUGAAAUUCAAACUACUCCAAAGAAACCAUUAACAUUUGCUGAAAGAAUGAAAUUAAAAAGAGAAGGUAAAUUACCAUAA